UCAUGUUGCAAUAAAGGCACCAUCUGAGAAUGAAUUUGCUUUUGUUAACCGAAAACAUUUUCAUUCUUUGAACGUGCAGAUCAUAUGUGAUGCGCAUAUGUCUCUGACAAAUGUAGUUGCGAGAUGGCCUGGGUCAACUCAUGAUUCCUACAUUUUGUCCAACAGCAGUGUAGGGAACAGACUGCAAACAGGAGCUGUGCGUGAUGGAUGGCUUCUUGGAGACAGUGGUUAUCCCCUUAGAACGUGGCUGCUAACUCCACUAACUAGACCCCAAACCGAACAAGAACGGCGUUAUAACGAGAAGCAUUGCCGGACGCGUUCAGUGGUCGAACGCACUAUUGGUCUGCUAAAAGGACGCUGGAGGUGCUUGGAUACGUCUGGUGGCACAGUAUUGUACACCCCUACAAAGGUUUGCCGCAUUGUUGUGGCUUGCGCAGUGUUGCACAACAUUGCUCAAAAGAAAGGUAUACCUGUUCCAUCGAAUGCCCAUCCUAAAGAUAAUGAACCCGACCCUGGCCCUCCUAAUGCAGUGCAUAAUGCUAUGGCAAUACAGCGGCGUAUUAAUUUCGGAACACACCGCAUUAACAGCAUGAACCAUGUGACGUUGGGUCUGCAUGACUUCUUCCGUCAGUACACGCCUUGAGUUACCAGCGCUCGGUGGUGGCACAAAGGAUGAUGAUGAUGCACUGGAUUGCGCACAGGAUGGGGCUUGGGCAUUUG